AUGGCUAUGAUAUUUGGUGAAACGGAUAACUAUAAGCUACUUACAAAAACCGCUUUCGUACAUGUUGAUGAUCUAGCUAGGGCACAUAUUCAUCUUUUUGAGUGCCCAAAUGCCAAAGGAAGGUAUAUUUGUUCGAAAAUUGAAGUCACAAUCGAGGAGUUGUACAAACUAUUAUCAACCAAAUAUCCAAAAUAUAAUAUAUCAAAUAUCGAAUUUUUGUUAGAUGCCGAAAAAAUGGAGUUUCCUAGUGUCUCGUCCAAAAAACUCUUAGGCACUGGCUUCGAGUUCAAGUCUAAAACAAAUGAAGUCAGAAAGAAAGUCGCAUGUGCCGAAGAAGCGGCAGUGGAUAUGGUUGACAUAGAGAGAAGAAGGCAGUCGUUCAAUUUCUAG